CGAAGCUCUUGUUGCUAGGAGACGGGAGGCAGAGCGGGGCCUACUUCGCGGCGAAACAGCCUUGGGGUCCUUCUACUCCAAGAUUCACUCUUAACAUUUGAUGAUGGGCGACGUUCUAGCUUAUGAAGCAGAGUUACUUGAAAUGGUGAAGGAGUAUUUGGAAUUUGCAGAAUUUGAGGAGACAGUGAAUUCAUUUAUAAAGGAAUGCCAAAUAAAAGGGAAACCAUUACCUAAAACAGGAGAUGGAUAUGCACAUGACUCUAAGGCUUUGAUCAUCCAGGAUCUACUGACUUCCUUUACUGAUGGAAACCGGGAUACCUUUUUUGAACUCUGGGAAGAACAUGUUCCUCCUUCAGUCCGGGACGUUGAGGCUGUUGCCCAGAGGCUGGAGUUCUACCUUCACAUCUAUUUUGCAAUCUUCUUCUUAAAACACGGUGUGGGAAAUCCUCAGCUUGUCCCAUCUCAUUGUUAUAACAAAGCAGCGUUGGAUGAAAGAAUGUCCCAUUUUAAAACAUACCUCGAGACCAAAGGGGCUGCCCUGAGCCAGACCACCGAGUUCCUUCCUUUCUACGCUUUGCCUUUUGUUCCCAACCCUGUGAUCCAUCCCUCCUUCAAAGAACUUUUCCAGGAAUCUUGGGAAUCUGAUCUAAAGACGAGGUUGGAGGAGUUCCUGUCUGCCUCUCUGAAAGCCAACAGUACAUCAAGACUCCUGGCGCUAUACAAGGAGAAUGUGCAGGGCAGCCAAGAAAUGUUGCAGCAGCUCCAUCAGCAGUUGGUGGAGUCCGAGCGCAAGACCAUGACCUGCCUUAAGCAGUUUAACAAGAUCCAGGCAGACUACCAUAACCUCAUUGGGAUCACUGCCGAGCUGGUGGACUCUCUGGAAGCCUCAGUCAAUGGCCAGAUGAUCACCCCAGAACAACUGCAGAGUGUCUGCGUCCGUUUGUUUAGUAACCAGAUGAGGCACAGCCUGGUGCAAAGCAUAGACUUCACAAGGCCUGGAACUGCCUCUACAAUGUUGAGAGCAUCGUUAGCUCCCACGAAAGUGCAAGAAGUGCCUCUCUUGCCCUCCUUGGACUACGAGAAGCUGAAGAAAGAUCUGGUUUAUGGGAACGACCGCCUCAAAUGCUUCCUACUGCAAGCCUUGCGCUGGCGCUUGACAAAGUCCCAUCCUGGUGAGCAGAGAGACACGGUGCUGCAGGCUUAUAUCAACAACGAUCUUCUGGACUGCUACAGCAACAUUCAGAGAAGUGUGUUGAUGCUGAUCCAGUCAAAGAGUGAGGUGGUCUGUCAAUAUACAGCAAGGCUUGUCAAUGCAUUUGCCUCUCUGGCUGAAGGCCGCCUCUACCUCUCACAGAACCCCCGGUUGCUCCGAAUGCUGGAAGAAAGACUGAAAGCGGAAGAUAAGAAUUCUCUUACCCGAGAGAACGUCCUGGGGGCUCUGCAGAAACUCAGUCUCAGGCGCGCUAUGCAGACCCUUAUGAUCAAGGACGAGCUGAUACUGUGGCUGGUUGAGGCUCUAAAGGAUACAGACAGCAUGUCGGAUUACACCUUGACCUACUCGGUUGCUUUGCUCAUGAACCUUUGCCUUCGGCGUUCAGGAAAGAAGAUGUGUGUGAAAGCUGCAAAUGAGGUUCUCCAAGUUCUCUGCGAUCUUCUUGGCCACGAGAACCACGAGAUACAUCCGUAUGUGAACGGGGUGCUGUACAGCGUUCUUGCUGUUCCCACUAUACGAGAAGAAGCCCGAGCAAUGGAAAUGGAAGACAUUCUGCAGGGCUACGUCGUGGAAGGAAAUGCCGAUAUGAUCCAGCAGAUUGAGUAUAUUAUCCAGCAGCUUAAAUCAGAAAAUCUAUUGGAUGACAGUGCGGAGUCCGAUGAUGAGGAGAAGGAAGAUAAUAACGUAGAGGACCAUAACAGUAUGGAAGCCGACCUGGACAAGGAUGAAGUGCUGCAGCCUCAGCAGGGAGAACUGUCUGGAGAGAGACUCCUGACCACGGAAUACUUGGGAAUAAUGACCAAUACACCAAAAGCAAAGAAGAAACUGUUCCCUGGUGCUCACCAGAGUAUUGAUGAGCCUCUUCAGAGACCCGUGACACCUGGUCAUCUCAGGGCUGUCCACCCAAUGCUGGAAGGUGAUGCUCUUUCAUCAUGUAGCAGGGAUAUCCACAUCCAGUGUGGCCAGCACUCCCGCCCCCCAAUUCGCAGUGGGAAGAGACCCAGUCUUUCCGAAUUUUGUCUGUCUUCCACACCAGAUGAAACAGAUGCGCCUGAAGUGUCCUCUGUGCACUUCAGAACUGAUCCAGCCAUUCCACUGGCCGCUGAGAUCCUCACCAUCCAGUCCCAUGAACUUUCCCAGGGCAGUGUAAAUGGGCUACCAAACAGUGACUUCGUUUCCGGCUUCACCAGCAGACCUAAGCUUCCCUGCUCUCCAGACUUUCAGAACACCAGGCCAGGAAGGGGCAAGAUCCCAACCAUAGCACCUCAGUUCUCCCAGUCUGGACCCCAGCAAACCAGUCGCCCUGGCUCUUCCGGAUCAUCUGCAAGAAGUAGACAGAGCAGCCAGUCUUCCAGGAAGUGAGGACGGAUCCUUUCCUGAGGAAUCACCUGUCCGAGCGCUGAAGACACUCUCGGCCAGCUUCCUGUAACAGGAGCCCUCGCACCGUUGGCAGCCCUCAGAGCCAAGACGGAGGUUAUCAGCACGGGGACCACGGGCACCCUUUACACUGAGACUCUCAGACUAUCUGAUGGGAUGCACUUUGGAGCUGGUGCCCGGCCAAGCAAAAGGAUCCUGCCUGCAAUGCCAGUUCGGCCCUGAAGCACAUGACUUCCAUGCGUGGAUGCACCAAUCGGGUGUCGUCCUUCCCCUGCACUGAAAAACACACACAAAAGUCGCUCCCUGUGAAUGUCUCGAGGGGCCAAGUUUUCCACAGUCUGUGAUUUACCUCCCUGUUCCUUGGUAGGCAGCUACAGGCAGCGUCAGACUUCUGUACGCUCCCCACACCUCCAGUUUCUCCCCCAUCCUCAUUCUUCCGUUGCCAUUCCUCGACUGCUGAUCCCAGCUGCUGGUCCUCCAGGGCUGCUAACAUCUUUCCUUUUGAUCGCACACCCUGUCAAAGGGAGAAUCACGCAGGGGCAGCUGCUACAACUGGCCAGCGUACGGAAAAGCGAUAGUUUCUCCUCCACUCCCCCCCGCCCCAGGUCUGGAAUUAGAGUGGCCUGCUCUGCAUUUGUAAAAGCAGAAACACGUUUUUGAGCAGCUUCCCGUUCACCAGCAUUGCUUAGUUAAAUGAUGCCACACUGAAGAGCACAUCGUUUGUGACACACACACAAACGUGUGCGUGUUCCAUCGGGGUGGACUGUGGUUCCAUUCUACUGACCGUGGUGCUUCCCUCCGGCACAAGUUGCUCUUCAGCCUCUUGUAUCAGGCAAAGGCUUCCUGAACUGGAGAAAGCACCGUGGUUAGCAAGACAGAUCCAUGCGCUUCAACCCCUGAUUUUUAAGGCUAGUUUUGGUCGCUUGGGGGUGGAGCAUAUGUGGAAGGAAACGCGGAGGAUCCCUGAUGGUAGGUCAGGGCUGGAGGUGCCGGGACAGGCUGAGAGUUCACUGUGUUUUUCUCCCCACUCCCAACGGUUUAGAAUAUCUGCUUCUAGAAUAAAUUCUGCAAACAUUGAAACCGUGGAGAGACCUGUUGUGGUUCACCAGAUACGCAUGUGAAUCUGGUAUUUUGAACAGACAAAUGAAUUUUCUGUGCUUUGAAGGCUGGGUACAAAUCUGCAUUAAAAGCCACAA